CCACAGGAAGAAGAAGAAGAAGAAGAGUAAGAGCCGUGAGCCGGGGGGGGAAGCCAGCGCGACGGCUCCAAAGGACAAGAACAGGGGGCCGGUGAAGGUGAAGAAGGAGGUGAAAAGUGAGGUGAAGGAGGAGGGAGGCACCAAAAAGGUGAAGAAAACCAAGGAGCAGAUUGACGAGGCGAGGAGGACGAAGCUGAAGAUUAAGGAAGAGGAGGAGCAGAACCGCUGGCGGUGGUGGGAGGAAGCCAAGUAUGAGUCCGGGGUGAAAUGGAAGUUUCUGGAACAUAAGGGACCCUGCUUUCCCCCUGAGUUCGAGUCUCUACCGGACAACGUCCGGUUCUACUACAACGGCAAGGUGGUGAAGCUGAGUUUGGCUUCGGAGGAGGUGGCGUUGUUCUUCGGCCAGAUGUUGGACCACGAGUACACCACCAAGGCGGUGUUCAGGGAGAACUUCUUCAAAGACUGGAGAAAGGAGAUGAGCAGCGAAGAGCGGCUUUUGAUCCAGGAUCUGAACAAGUGUGACUUCAGUGAGCUGCACGCCAUGCACAAGGCCAAGGUGGAGGCGCGCAAGAACAUGAGCAAGGAGGAGAAGCUGGUGAUCAAGGAGGCCAACCAGCAGACGGUGGAGGAGUACGGCUUCUGCCUGCUGGACCACCACCGCGAGCGCAUCGGGAACUUUAAGAUUGAGCCGCCUGGUCUGUUCCGGGGCCGCGGCGAGCACCCCAAGCAGGGCAUGCUGAAGAAGAGGAUCCAGCCGGAGCACGUCAUCAUCAACUGUAGCAGUGAGUCUAAGAUCCCGGCUCCGCCCCCUGGUCACCGCUGGAAGGAGAUUCGUCAUGACAACACGGUCACAUGGUUGGCCAGCUGGACGGAGAACAUCCAGGGAUCCAUCAAGUACAUCAUGCUGAACGCCAACUCAAAGCUCAAGGGGGAGAAGGACUGGGAGAAGUACGAGGUGGCUCGGAGGCUGAAGACCUGUGUGGACAGCAUCCGGAGGCAGUACACCCAGGACUUCAAGUCCAAGCAGAUGGGAAUCCGGCAGAGAGCCGUCGCCCUCUACUUCAUUGACAAGCUGGCAUUGAGGGCGGGUAACGAGAAGGAGGAGGGGGAGACGGCGGACACGGUUGGCUGCUGCUCGCUGCGGGUGGAGCACAUCACGGUGCACCCCAACCUGGACGCCAGCGACUUCGUGGUGGAGUUCGACUUCCUGGGGAAAGACUCUAUCAGAUACUACAACAAGGUUCCUGUUGAGAAGAAGGUGUUCAAGAACGUGAUUCUGUUCAUGGAGAACAAGAACCCGUCGGACGAGCUGUUUGACCGUCUGAAUACUGCAGUGCUCAACAAGCACCUGUCCUCCCUGAUGGACGGUCUGACAGCCAAGGUGUUCAGGACCUUCAACGCCUCCAUCACCCUGCAGGAGCAGCUCAAAAAGCUGUCCAACAAGUCCGAUAACCCAUCGGAGAAGCUGCUGUCCUACAACCGGGCAAACCGCGCCGUGGCCAUCCUCUGUAACCAUCAGAGGGCGCCGCCAAAGACCUUCGACCAGUCCAUGGCCAACCUGCAGGCCAAGAUCGUUGCUAGGAAGGAGCAGCUAGCGCUGGCGAAGACGGAGUUCAAACAGGCCAAGAAGGAGAACAAGGCCAAAGGAGACGCCAAGAUACAGACGCUGGUGGAGAGGAAGAAGAAGGCGGUGGAGCGGUGUGAGGAGCAGGUGCUGAAGAUGGAGGUGCAGGCGACGGACCGCGAAGAGAACAAGCAGAUCGCCCUGGGAACCUCCAAGCUCAACUACCUUGACCCCCGCAUCAGCGUGGCCUGGUGUAAGAACAUGGACGUCCCUCUGGACAAAAUCUACAACAAGAGCCAGAGAGACAAGUUUGCGUGGGCCAUCGACAUGACUGAGGCGGACUUUGUGUUCUAGCUGUGGAGGAGCUGCUAGUUUGGAGUUGCUGGUGGAACAUGACUGCUCGAGCCUGGCGGCCCAACGUGUUAUUUAGUUUUAUUUCUUGAUUCUUUCUUUUUUUUGAAGAGGCUCUUGACAGAAGAUGUUUCUCCAGGUUGGCACUGAAGGUUCCUGGUUCAGUGCUGGAGACAAAUGUGUUAAAGGUUUGAAUAAAGAAGCACAUUCAAAACGA